AUGAACAGACUUCAUUCCGACCCCAGUCUGCUAGUCUGCCCUGAUUUCUCAGGCGAUCCGUAUCAGGCUAGCCGCGCCAGUCUAGUAUCUCCUACUACCACCGAUGCUCAAGCUGCUGAUCUUCUUCGCGCGGUCUGGAUCACCACCAACAACUCCCUGUGCGCACAGUGGCGACAACAGGUCACUGAAGACGAACGCCUUCGUGCCGAAGAACAACGUCUAGCCGAAGAAGAGUCCGAGCGCCAACGUCUGGCUCUUCGCCUCGAAGAAGAAGCCACCACGGCUGACGAGAGAAAGAAGAACCGAAUUAAGCAUAUACCUAUUCCUGUUCGCCGCCGCCCUGACUCCACCGACGAUGAAGUCCUCGUAUCCGACUUCGCACUGCGGAAGAUCGACAAAGGGCAUUUUGUUGAGUUGUAUUACUGGACUAAUGUAGGUCUUCAAGAUGCGCACUCCAACUAUCGCACACGGGAUGAUGAGGGCAUGAUUCCCACCGCAGCAGACGAUGGUUCCACCGUCUGGGUCAACGCAGCGGUCGCCAAACCUUCUUCCCGGGUCAUUGCUGACCGCGAUCUUUCCCCAGUGGAAUUUGCCCAAGCCGUUCUGCGUAUGAUAGCUGCGCUGGAAGAUUACGAUUGGCCAGUGCAGCGUGUCCAAAUGUUGGCGCGUUUCUGGGGAGCUCUCAUGUUGCAUAGAUACUGGAACUCUAUGGAUCGCAUUGCCCAGCGCGCCAUCAUGAUUUACCAGGAAGAACAACGUAGGGCGUGGCACAAUGCCAUACCUUUGCCCAAAGGUGCUUGGGACAUCUCGAUUCUCGACGAAGACGCCUUACUUCGUACAUUCGAUCGCGUUUUCCGUGACAUGCGUCAUCGUGAUCUUGACGAACAACGUCAGCCAUGGAGACGCCCCCUCCCACCAUCGUUCUCGUCGUUCGAGACGCUCUCCCUCACCGUGUGA